CAAAGCGCUGCCAUGUGGCGUCUCUGGAACGGCGCUGCUGUCAGGGAACUAUUUGAAAUUUCGGGAGAAAUGUGAAUACAUUAAGGCAAUGCGGGGGUUUUCGUUUACAGUUUUUAAAAUAUUACGACAAAGUAGGUUUUAGUUAUUAAUUCGUCGCUCAUUAGCAUAACCUAUUAUCGAUGUAUUAACGAGCUGCUGUGCCGGAUUCAUUGAGGAGAGGAGACUGACAUGCUGCACUUUUAUCACUUUGAUGAUGACGGUUGUGGAACUGUGACCGUGUGAUACACUGAGACCUGCGGUCACUUCACCACUGAUUUCCCGGGGAGGCUGCUUGUCUUAUCAUCACUAUCUGUUCAUAAAGGAUCUAGCCAGAAUUUAAAAUGGAGCGUCUCGAGAAGUUGACGGAUGAAGCCAUUCAGGAGAUUCAGAAUAAGUACUCUCGCCUCAGACACAGACAAGACGGUCUUGACGGCAGGAUGAUCAUGACGCAAGACAAGCAACAGGACUGUAUCUCAGAACAGCAGCGGGUACAGCUGGAGGGAUCUCUGGUCAUGAACAGGUCAGAGGUAGAGCUACUGGAGGAGGCCAUAGCGACAAAAUGUCGUCAGCUGGACAUCCUGGAGCGACACGUGGAGACAGAGAGUUAUGGCUAUGAAGUCUUUGUCAAGAUGUUUGAGGAGAGAGCCAACGAUGCCAGACCUUUUCUUGAAAAGGAAAGACUGUCCAGACAGAGGGAGGAUGCUGUGAUUGAGAGGUUAUCUAAGGCUGUCAGAAUUUUACAAAGAGGUGUUGCUAAUGCUGAGGAAAUGAACAAGAGCUGUGGUAGAUACAGGAACCUUCUACUCCGACUUUUGCCUCCAGAGUGGCAGGACACACUGAAAGCAGAGACUCAAGUCUCAUCUGACAGCAAUGAUGAGGACGAAGGGCCAUCUGGCAGAGAGGAUCAGGACGAACAGCCAUCUGACAUUGUAGAUCAGGAGGAACAGCAGUCUGACACAGAUUCUCAGGAUGAAGAGCUGUCAGACAUCAUUGAUCAGAGCGAACAGUCAUCUACCAGGGAUUCUCAGGAUGAAGAGCCUUCUGACGUAAUUGAUCAGAGCGAACAGCCGUCUGUCAGAGAAGAUCAGGAUGAACAGGCGUCUGUCAGAGAAGAUCAGGAUGACCAGCCGUCUGUCAGAGAAGAUCAGGAUGAACAGGCGUCUGUCAGACAAGAUCAGGAUGAACAGCCGUCUGUCAGAGAAGAUCAGGAUGAACAGGCGUCUGUCAGAGAAGAUCAGGAUGAACAGGCGUCUGUCAGAGAAGAUCAGGAGGAACAGCCAUCUGACAUAAUUGAUCAGAGCGAACAGCUGUCAGACAUAGCUGAUCAGAGGGAAAUGCCAUCUGAAACAGGUGAUCAGGAUUAUCAGGCAUGUGACAAUGAUGAUCAGAGUGAAAAGCCAUCUGGCAUGGAUGAUUCUGGUGAACAAGUGGCUUUGACCGAGGGGCCCACGCUAGCCUCCCCCCACAGUGACACACUGCUUAAAGAUUCUGAACUGGACGGUGAUGGCACAGAAUAUGAGAAAAAAUACUUGUUUGACUCCCAGCAGCUACUAGAACUGAUGAAGGAAGUGAAUGAGCAGAAUCUGUCCCUGAUAGAGAUGCGCAGGUUGUAUGAAGAGGAAGAGGAGCUCCAUCAGGACCCUGGAAUCCCUGAUUUGAACACAAUGAACAAGGUUGAAAAGAAGUUGGUGGUUCAGGAAUUCAGGGACAGAGUUGAAAGCUUCAAAAUUACAUCUGAGGGAGAUGAUCCAAAAGAAGCAAUGACGCUACAAGAACUGGAUGCUGUGCUUGAUCCCCUGGCCUUGAAGGUAACAGAUGUACAUUACUUCUGCACAAGACGCCAGGUGGGCACCCUCAGCACCCUUGACAAGCUGUUAGUGAUCAAGGAUCGAGUGUCGUUACUGCUUCAGAACAUAGAGAAAAGGCGCAGGCAAAAUCUGCAGCACAACAAAGAGAAGGGUCACAUGAAAAGGUCGCUGAGUGGUCCACCGCAAAAAAUGGAAAGAAAGCCAAUGCCCAGAUACAAUAGUGUUGGACCAAAAGUUGAACCAGAGAAAGAAGACAACUCCUCUGGCAAAGAAGAAGUCCAUGAUUAAUUUGAAUGGAACCUACAGAGUGUAAAAUACUUUAAAUAAAUACAUAUAUAUACUUUUAAAAUAAUAAUUACUUACAACAAAGCUAUAUUAUAUAAAACAACCACGGGUCAUUUCUUUUUUUGUAUUAGUAAGAGAUUGGAUUUAUGAUAACCAUCAUAAGGUGUCAUUUACUAUUUGAGAGAAGAAAAUAAAAACAAGCUAACAAUGCCAUCACAACUAUAGGAGUUCCCUAUAGUUUUUUGUAGACCAGUUGAAGCAAAGGAGAUCAUCACAAAUAUAGAGAGGGAGCUUGCAGCAAAAAACUGGAUGACCAGUUCCAGUCUUACACCAAAAAGGUGCUGCAGCUGGCAUUAGAAUUGGCAUAAAGAUGUUCCAGUCCCACUCAACUAGAAAGAAAAGGGUUUAGUAGGUAGGGUGUUGAUUCAGUAAGUCUGAGACUAACACAUCUUGUGUAAUUAAUAUAGUACCUUGUUCUUUUAGGUCAAGAUACGUUCAAGAAUUUUCUAGAAUCUCUCCUGUUGUAAAAGUUGUAAAAUAUUUAUCAAUGACAUUAAAAUAUUCUGAAUAUUAAA